UUAAGCAAAAAGGUUUUAUUCUGAGCGUAAAUUUCCAAAAAUAGCAGCCGCCCGAUCGAAAAUGUGGGAAGUCUUUGGGCAUCUGAAUAAUGUAAGGUAGGGAGCAGAUCUGAGUCAUCCCUGUGAGUCGGAAAUGCAAUUAAUUGAAUAGAAAAAAUGGGGAGAGGGAAGAUAGUGAUAAGGAGGAUCGACAACAUGACGAGCAGGCAAGUGACAUUUUCAAAGAGGAGGAAUGGACUGUUGAAGAAGGCUAAGGAACUUGCUAUUUUGUGCGAUGCUCAGGUCGCACUCAUCAUCUUCUCCAGCACCGGAAAACUCUACGAUUUCGUCAGUACCCCCAGCAUGAAGUCGGUGAUUGAAAGGUACGACAAAGCAAAAGAGGAUCCUCACCAAUUGGCAAAUUCAACUUCUGAAGUCAAGUAUUGGCAAAGUGAAGUUAAUAUGCUGAGGCAACAAUUACAGAAAUUGCAAGAGAAUCACCGGCUGCUAAUGGGUGAGGGACUUAGUGAUUUAAAAGUCAAGGACCUACAGAACUUAGAAAAGCAGCUGGAGAUGAGCCUCCGGGUUGUUCGGAUGAGGAAGAUCUUAAUUGAUCAGAUUGAAGAACUGAAUCAAAAGGGAAACCUGAUCCACCAAGAAAAUUCAGAUUUGAAGAAGAAGGUAACAGUAAUUCACCAAGAAAACAUGGAUUUGUAUAAAAAGGUGUAUAGAAAAAGAGAUGCAAAUGGAGUAGACAGUAAUUCAUUCACUACGGAAGGAUUAUGCAUCAGAGACGACUCGGAUGAACGUAUCUGUCUCCAGCUUUGCCAGCCACAACAAACAAAUCAUGAGGCACAAUUGGGAGCUACAAAGUCUGAAUAAAUUGCAGCAGAUUGCAAAUGCACUAGCAAAAGGAAAAAUACUUUUCAAGAAUGUUCACUUGACCAUUAAUGAGAAGACAGCAGUUGACUCUUAUGUAACAAUUGUUGAAAGGGCGAAGACAUCGACAGCCAUUUAGUUAAAAAAAACAUGAAUACUGGAAUUGCAUCUAUCAAACAUCAGAAAUCUGACUGUAAGGAAAGACGGAACCUCAAGUCUUCACAAGAAAAAUAAAUGAUUGUGUUAGACUCUA